AUGGUAGUGGAAUUAAAUACAAGACUACCCCAGGAGGGUACCAGCAACCCUGGAGAAUCCCUCGCUGAGCAUCCACGAACAAACUACUUCACUCCUGAGCGUGGGUGCUCAGGCUGCCCCGCGUAUUCUGGGGGGGGCAAAAUUCCGCUCGUGACUAAUGCUGCUCGGGGCAAGCGGAGCAAUACAACCAAGGCGACCCCUGUCACGCUAUCCGUGAAUUUUUGCAACAUCAGGGGACUUCAUUCCAACCUUAACGCUGUCCAUUACCAUCUAGAGACGGCGAAGCCGGCCUUGCUCUUUUUAACCGAGACUCAGGUGUCCUCUCCGGCUGAUACUUCAUAUCUCUCCUACCCGGGGUACAAAUUGGAACACUCCUUUGUGCCCCGGGCUGGAGUUUGUGUAUACGUCAGAGAGGACAUCUGUUUUCGACGCCUCGGCAGCCUUGAAGGUACGGACCUGUCCAUCCUAUGGCUGCGCGUAGACAGCGACGACCAUCCCCGCGUCUACGGGUGCCUCUAUAGGUCCCAUAGCGGUAAUGCCGACACAGACCGACUCAUCGACCACGUCCAAAUGGCUGCAGACUCCGUGCUACAACAGGUCCUAUCCGCAGAGAUCGUGAUACUCGGUGAUUUCAACGCCCACCACGCUGAAUGGCUUGGUUCUCGUUCAACCGAUCAUGCGGGUAGAUCUGUCUACGACUUUGCUUUGGCAUAUGGUCUAACACAACUGGUUACUUCGCCUACGCGGAUCCCAGAUGUGGAAGACCAUGUACCUUCCCUGUUGUACCUUCUGCUGACCUCUCAUCCGGACGGAUAUCAGGUCUCCGUCGAUGCCCCUCUGGGCUCUUCGGACCAUUGUCUGAUCCGGAGCACAGUGCCACUCACGCUCCAAUCGCAGUUGCGAUCUACAGCUUGCCGCCGUGUUUGGCACUAUAGGUCAGCUGAUUGGGACGGGAUGCGGUCUUUUUUUGCAUCCUACCCUUGGGGGCGGGUUUGCUUCUCGCCGGAAGAUCCCAGCGUUGUUGCCGAUUCUGUUGCUGAUGUGGUACUUCAGGGUAUGGAACUUUUUAUUCCAUCCUCUGUGGUGCCCAUCGGAGGCAGAUCCCAGCCAUGGUUUGGUCGCUCCUGUAAAAUAGCAUCACGCUAUAAGCAGGAGUGCUACCGGGCCUGGGCUGACGCAUCAACGUCUCGGGAUUUAAACACCAGCGCACUUAAAAAGAAGUAUAAUUCCGCCUCCAGGUCCUUCAAAAGCGUCAUUGCUAAGGCAAGGUCUGAGCACAUCGGCAGAAUUGGCGAGAAGCUAGUUCGCCUUCCUUCGGGAACCCGUGCAUUCUGGUCUCUCGCCAAGGCUGUCCAAGGGAACUUCUGUCAGCCAUCCCUCCCAUCUCUGCACAGAGAGGACGACUCACUGGCCCAUGCCGCAAAAGAGAAAGCCGAUCUGUUGUGCUCUCUUUUUGCGUCCAACUCGACUCUAGAUGACGGGGGGAACACACCGCCGACCAUCCCGCGAUGUGAGUGCUCCAUGCCGGAUGUGCGAUUUACACAGCGCUCGGUUCGCAAAGCACUUUUCUCCCUGGACGUCAGCAAGUCGAGUGGGCCCGAUGGAGUCCCUCCCAUUGUGCUGAAGACGUGUGCUCCGGAGUUGGCACCGGUUUUAACGCGUCUUUUCCGGUACUCCUACUCCCAAGGCGUAGUCCCGAAUUCAUGGAAGACAGCUUUGGUCCACCCGAUCCCUAAAAAAGGCGACCGCUCAGACCCGUCCAACUACAGGCCUAUCGCCAUCACCUCCUUGUUCUCCAAAAUAAUGGAAUCCAUUAUAAACUGCCAGCUCAUGAGGUACCUUGAGGAUCACCAGCUGAUCAGUGACCGUCAGUACGGUUUUCGUCGGGGUCGAUCAGCAGGUGAUCUUUUAGUUUACUUAACUCAUAGAUGGGCGGAGGCAGUAGAGUCCAAGGGGGAGGCAUUGGCCGUUAGUUUGGACAUAGCGAAGGCCUUCGAUCGGGUCUGGCACAAGGCGCUUCUUUCGAAGCUUCCUUCCUAUGGGCUUCCUGAGAAAUUGUGCAAAUGGAUCACCAGUUUCCUUGCUGAUCGGAGCAUCAAGGUCGUAGUAGACGGUGCAUGCUCUGAUUACAAGCCUAUCAACGCUGGUGUUCCACAAGGCUGCGUGCUAUCACCAACGCUGUUUCUCCUGCAUAUCAAUGAUAUGUUGCUAACUGGUAGCAUUCAUUGCUAUGCAGACGACAGCACUGGGGAUGCCUUAUAUACCGGCCGUGCCAAUAUUUCUCGGGAAAACGUCGCCGAGUACCGGGACAAACUUGUGUCUGAAGUCGAGUCUUUGCUUAACAAAGUCUCGGAUUGGGGCCGACUAAAUCUAGUCCAGUUCAAUCCCCAGAAGACACAAGUUUGCGCGUUUACCGCUAAAAAGAACCCCUUUGUCGUAUCUCCUCAGUUUCAAGGCACUCCCCUUGCUGCCUCAGCCAGUAUCGGAAUCCUUGGCGUCGACAUAUCGAAUAGCGUGCAGUUUCGUGGUCACUUGGAAGGGAAGGCCAAAUUGGCCUCUAAAAAGCUUGGCGUGCUCAGCAGAGCGAGACAGUAUUUCAUGCCGGCACAUCGCUUGCAACUUUACAAAGCGCAAGUUCGGCCUCACAUGGAAUACUGUUCUCAUCUCUGGGCCGGGGCACCCCAGUGCCAGCUCCUUCCACUUGACCGCAUCCAGCGCAGAGCGAUUCGAAUCGUCGACGACCGAGUUCUUUCCGAUCGGCUCGAUACACUGGCACUGCGUAGAGAUGUUGCAUCUCUUUGCGUAUUUUAUCGCAUCUAUCACGGGGAGUGCUCUGAGGAAUUGUUCGGACUAAUUCCAGCCGCUCAAUUUCACCAUCGCACGUCGCGACAAAACUCGCGUUACCAUCCAUACCAUCUGGAUGAUUGGCGGUCCACCACUGUGCGAUUUAGAAGAAGUUUUCUCCCUCGCACAACUUCUUUGUGGAAUCAAUUACCACCAGCGAAUUUUCCGAACCGAUACGACUUAGGAACCUUCAAGAAAAGAGCUUACACCUUUCUAAAAGGCCGGCAACGCAUCUGCAAUUCCCCUGGUGUUGCGGUUGUUCAUGGGCGGCGGUAG